AUGACAGACGAGGGAGGGGGGCCUGCCAGCGGCAGCUUCUGGGAGGCUGGUAAUUAUCGGCGCACGGUGAAACGAAUUGAAGAUGGGAACAGACUAUGCAAUGACUUGGUCACCUGCUUCAGAGAGAGGGCCAAAAUAGAAAAGGCCUAUUCCCAGCAGCUGACUGACUGGAGCCGCAAGUGGAAGAGCAACCUGGAGAAGGGCCCUCAGUAUGGCACACUGGAAAAGGCUUGGCAGGCAUUCCUUACAGCUGCGGAUGCCCUCAGCGAGAUUCACACGGAGCUUCGGAAUCAGCUGUGGGACGAGGACGGUGGGAAGGUGCGAGACUGGCAGAAGGAGGCCUUUCACAAGCAGAUGAUUGGAGGAUUUCGGGAAACAAAGGAAGCUGAGGAUGGAUUUAGUAAAGCUCAAAAACCCUGGGUGAAGAAGCUGAAAGAUGUGGAGACGUGUAAAAAGAAGUACCAUGGAGUUCGGAAGGAUGAGCGCGCAGCACAAGUACGGGAGGAUCACGCAAAGGCAGAUGCAUCGGUGUCACAGGAACAGCUUCGUAAACUACAGGAGCGUUUGGAGAGAUGUAACCAGGAAGCAGAAAAGGACAAAACUGCGUAUGAGAAGGCUCUGGAUGAGUUGAACAGAUACAACCCUCGCUAUAUGGAGGACAUGGAACAACAGUUUGAGAGCUGCCAGGAGGCUGAACAGAAGCGCCUCCGUUUCUUUAAGGAGAUGUUGUUGGACUUUCACAAGCAUCUCGAUCUCUCCAGUAAGGACAGCUUCCAUGCUUUGUACAAAGACUUGCACCAAAAUAUCCAAUCCGCUGAUGACCAGCAAGAUCUAAAAUGGUGGAAAAACACCCAUGGACCAGGCAUGGCCAUGAACUGGCCCCAGUUUGAGGAGUGGUCUCCAGAGACGCAGAGGCCAAUCAGCAAGAAGGAGCGUACCAGUAAAAAUGUCGAAGAGGUGACACUCACUGGCAUUGUGCCAGCUAAGGAUGGAGUCUCUGCCGGGACCCCCACCCAGCAGCUGAACAGAGGUGGUGCAAAGGACGAUACAUCUGAGUGGUCGGAAGAUGAAAGCCCCAGAAAGUCCCUGGACAGUAAUGGUCGGGAGGCGUCACAGGUAGAGGGCGUGCGUGUGCGGGCUCUGUAUGAUUACUCUGGACAGGAAGCUGACGAGCUGAGCUUUGUGGCAGGGGAAGAGCUCGUAAAACUAGGCUCAGAAGAUGAACAGGGCUGGUGCAGAGGACGCCUCCUCUCCGGGAAAAUCGGACUUUAUCCGGCAAACUACGUGGAGGAUGUUGUGUCCUGA